UCUCUAGAGGUACGACUUCAAUGUGAAGUAGAAGACAUCAUUACUCCUGAACCAGAAACAAAUCCUCCAUUUCCAGAUGCCUCCUCCCAGCUUCCUUCUUUAAAGAGUCUUUCAGGCAGUACCAACACUGUGGCAUGUGAAGGAACAAUGAAGGAUAGCAUCCCAUGUCUUAGUGUGAAGGCUCGACCUGUGCGGAUGCCUCCUGGCUACCAGGCAGAUCUUGUUAUCCAGCUGGUGUGGGUGGAUGGUGAACCUCCACAACAAAUUACCAGUCUUGCUGUAAAUUCUGCUUAUGGACUAGUGGCAUUUGGGAACUGCAAUGGUUUGGCUGUGGUGGAUUUCAUGCAGAAGACAGUUCUGCUGAGCAUGGGCACCCUGGAGCUCUACGGAUCCAGCGAUCCCUACCAACGUCAACCCCGCUCACCGCGCAAGAGCCGCCAGUUUGCUGCAGGCCUGACUGAACUCAGUGACAGUCCAGUUUCCCUGGAGCUWGAACGUUGCAAGUCUCCCACUUCAGAUCACGUCAAUGGUCACUGUACAAGCCCAACAUCGCAGAGCUGCAGUUCAGGCAAACGCCUUUCCAGUGCCGAUGUGUCGAGAGCAAACCGCCGCGGGCCCGGCAGGCCCCCCUUCAGAAAAGCCCAGUCUGCAGCCUGCAUGGAGAUUUCUCUCCCAGUCACCACAGAAGAAAAUAGGGAAAACUCCUUCAGCCGUUCCCGAAGCUCCAGCGUGUCCAGCAUYGACAGGGACUCAAAGGAGUCAAUCACAGCUUUGUACUUCAUGGAAUCCUUUGCCAGAAAAAACGACUCUGCUGUCUCCUCCUGUCUYUGGGUUGGAACAGGCCUUGGAAUGGUCAUAAUCCUGUCCCUAAAUCUGCCUGCCAGUGAUGAUUUACGGCAGUCAGAGCCAGUCGUGGUGUCACCAAGUGGCACCGUGCUGACUCUGAAGGGAGCUGUGCUGACCUUUGCCUGCUUGGACUGCAUGGGRACAUUGACACAUCGACCCUAUGAAGUCUGGAGGGAUCCGCACGGUGCCGAGGACGGUGACAAAACAAGGAAAAGGAAACUUGUCAUGCAUUCCCCUUCCUCCUCCCAGGAUAUGGGUGAUCAUCAAUUUGCAGUCAUUUGUUCAGAAAAACAAGCCAAAGUCUUCUCAUUGCCUUCCCAAACAUGUCUAUAUGUCCACAACAUCACCGAAACGUCCUUUUUAUUGCGAGCAGAUGUGGUCACCCUCUGUAACAGCGUCUGUCUGGCGUGCUUUUGUGCUAAUGGGCACAUCAUGACACUGAGCUUGCCCAGCCUUCGCCCACUGCUGGAURUCAACUAUUUGCCUGUCACAGACAUGAGGAUAGCACGGACCUUCUGUUUCACUAACGAGGGACAGGCUUUGUACCUGAGCUCUCCCACCGAGAUCCAGCGGCUCACCUACAGCCAGGAGAUGUGUGACAACCUGCAGGACAUGCUUGGGGAUUUGUUUACUCCUGUGGAAACACCAGAAGCCCAAAACAGAGGCUUUCUCAAAGGACUUUUUGGAGGAAGUGGACAAGCUUUUGACAGAGAGGAGCUUUUUGGCGAGGCCACAGCAGGAAAAGCCUCCCGCAGCCUGGCCCAGCACAUCCCAGGCUCGGGUGGGAUUGAAGGGGUGAGAGGAGCUGCAGGAGGGGUCAUCGGGGACCUGACCCGAGCGCGCAUCGCCCUGGACGAGAGGGGACAGAAGCUGGGAGAGCUGGAUGAAAGGACUGCCAGCAUGAUGGCCAGUGCUGAGGCAUUCUCCAAACAUGCACACGAGGUGAUGCUCAAAUACAAGGAUAAAAARUGGUACCAGUUUUAGACUUUCAAAGAAGCUGCUUGUGGCUUUAUCAAGAACACUGUUCAGGGAAGCAAYCUUUAUUCCCAAAUCUACCAGUCACUGGCCAGAGACAGUUUUUUUUUUCUCCUAGAAGAUGUUUUCCUGUUAUUGAAUUCAUCACAGUGGACGUCAAGGAGAAAUUUUACAGACCAUGAGAUGGAAGUUGGAAUUUUGAGGGUCUUUCCAACAGCUGGCUCAUAGGGUGGCCAAUUUUUUUCCCAAAAGGAACUCAACCAUCACUGUGGCAUGUAGUUUUUCAGAAGCUGUAGGUAUGAACUGUGGGGAGUGCAUCUGGUUAAAAAUAUUCUGUACAAAUUCGAAUGUUAAUGCACUUAUAAAACUUUGCAUGACUAAUUGCCAUCUUAAAAAAAAAAAAAAAAAAAAAAAAAAAAAAAAAGAGAAAAAGGAAGCAUGUUGUGACCGACGAAAAAUGGGAUUUAUUUCUAUCCUGAGCAAAAAAAAAACCACCUUAAAUGGCAAAAAUCUUUAUUUUUUAAAAGUGACAUUAUAAAAAGCCAGUACAUUUCAAGCAUGUUUGCUACUGUUCUCCACAUAAAAAUGAGUUGAGCUGCAUUUUCUUAUCUGCUAUUUAUUUCCCCUGAGAAACCUUGUUCAAAAUCAGUGCUCUUUAAYUCCUACCAGAAGAAAAAAAUAACUUCAAAAUCCUAUGCCCAAAAUGUACAGAUUUUGCAGUUAGCUGAGUUAGCUGGAGAGGCACUGUCUGAAAGGUCAUUACAACAUGAGCAGAGAUGGUUUAUUUGCAAUUCAGAGCACAUGACACAUCAUCCUAAUCUAUAAUUUUUUAAUGUGCUCUAGAUUUGUCUCAGUUGUCCAUGAAGGGGGCCGUGGCAUUUUUCAUCCCCAUGGAGUCUCUCACUUGGUUGCUUUAUUUCCCAGCAGCAGGAAUAGAAAACCAGCUUUGGAAAUAAUUUCUUCAAGUUAGGAAAGGCAAGUUGGGAAACCAUUGCCCUGUCACAGAGGCUGCUUAGCAUCUUGCAGAGSAGCUGAAGUGCUCAGUUGAAAUUAUGUGAGGGGACCUGCACAGAAAUUCCCCAAAAUUUGUGUGAGAGAGAGAGAUUAGAGCAGCAGAGCUCCACAAUGGGUAGGGAGGAGCAUGGAAAACCAUUGUCAACACAAAUAUGUUACACAUAUAUAAAGUGACACCAUGGGUGAGUGGCAAUUUAUUCUCUGCUCACAUUGCUAAAAGUGAUUUGCUUCUGCUUCAAAGUGGUUUGUUUGGUUUUAGCAGUGAAUGCUGCAGAAACUGCUGCACCCUGUAGCCACAGAAGAGAACAGAAGGAAGUUGGAGCUGUUGCUUAUCCACGUGAAAAGGUUCUUAGUCCAUAAGAAUGUUCCACCUUAGCCACACGGGUCAGCUCUGAAGUUAGAAAUUUUUCCAAGAUUGGCUUGGAAACAAGGCACUGAAGGCUUGUUUUCAUGUGCCUGGACUUAAUUGCAAAUUAGAAGAAAGAAAGUGAGGGAUCAGUGUUCAAAUGAUCCCUCUAAAAGAUGUCUUUUCCAUCUCCUUCCUUUCCCUACAAUAAAAUGCAGCCCAGGAGGUUCUAUCAUCCAGAAGUUUUGCCUCACAGUUGGCCCAUUGCACAAGAUCAAGGGUUAGAAGAGAKUUGGAGGUGUUAAGUUUUAAAUUCCCAUUGUAGCACAACAGAAUUUAAUGAUUUACAGGAUUUUUACACAUUUUUUGUAGGCAAAAUCUAAAUGAUGGCCCUGACAGUUCUAGCUCAACUGGGAAUGAGACUCCACAAGUUCUCCUGGCACAGGAGAAACUGCUCUAAGUUGUGAGAAGUGUAGAAACUUGUUGGGAAAAAGGUCAAAGCCUGAGCUUUGCCUGGGUUUAUGCUGAGAGCUCAGGAUGUGGAUUUGUCCUGACCCAAGAGGAUUUCUCUGUGUGUGUGUAAGAAUUUGCCAAAGCUGCCACUCUGAUGCCAGUAAGAACUKGGUUGGGGAAUUCCUUCCARUGGCUGGGUCACAGAAGUGAGGAAMUGCUGCUCUAGCCAGGCAUCAGGAAGAGAAAUAAAGAACAUUACAGCAAUUUUAUCUCCAGUAUAAACCUGUAUUCACUGGGCCUGUGCUCUAUAAUCCAAACCCACUGGUCUCUGGGCAACAAAAUCAUUUGGAGCAGCCUUCAGCUGUCCAGCAGCCAAAUUAUUUUCCAUUCUGCCCUGGUGUGUGGCAAUCAGAACAGCACCCCAGGCUGAUGGGAGUCAUGGGAACACUGAAAACAAUUUCAGAGCAACUUCUAACUGCCAUCCCUGCAGCUCACCCAGAGAGAAAAGUGUCCUCAACAAGUCUUUAACACAAGGUCUGACUGACUUUGGCUGCCAACAGUCUCUAGUUUAACACCAGGGUAAAAAAAAAAAAAAACAAACCUGCCAGUAGAUUUCCAUUUGCAUUUUUAUGCAACAGGGAAAUGAGAAUUUAGCAGCCUUCAAACUUGCAAUUUUUAAUACUAAACUUUUAAGCAACUUUUCUCUUGUAUUCCCCAUCAGGUCACAGCUUUCCACCCUUACAUAUUUUAUGUAUUUCCAGACAGUUACCAAUUACUAUUUCUGUUAAGUUCACCACUUGUGACUAUAAUUAUCAAUUUUCUUGUAGUCUGUAGAGAUCUAAAAAAUUGUAUAUGUUUGUAUAUAGAACAUUCUAUAUAUAUAAUAUAUAUAUGUAAUGUAUAUGUUGUAUAAGUUUGUUAGUGCACACUGUUAAAUGCUUUCUAUCAAGAUUUACCAUGUAUGUGGAAAAAACCCAUCACUUAAAAAGUUCAAUGAGGGAGGAAAAACUCUUGCCUGGGUGAUUUAUUGUGAAAUGAGGGGGAGUGURGGAUUUUUCAAGGCUACUCACAGCUGUCAGUGACAGGAAUGAAAGUGCAGCAUUGCCAGAAAGGAGCACAGCAUCUGACUCUGAGAAAGACUGGAGGACUGUGAUAUCUGGAGGAAAAUCAACCACGUUGAAAUCUUCCUGUGCUUUCACCUUUUCCACUCAGACAGCACCACCUGGAGCAAAGCUUUGAUGUAUCUUCAGCAAUC